AUGCCGGUGAGGAGGGGCCACGUGGCCCCCCAGAACACCUUCCUGGACACCAUCAUCCGCAAGUUCGAGGUGCAGAAUCGAAAGUUUAUCAUCGCCAACGCCCAGGUGGAGAACUGCGCCAUCAUCUUCUGUAACGACGCCUUCUGUCAGAUGUGCGGCUACACCCGGGCGGAGGUGAUGCAGAAGCCCUGCACCUGCAGCUUCAUGUACGGGCCUCACACCAGGAGGCCGGCCAUCGCCCACAUGGCCAAAGCUCUGCUGGGGGCCGAGGAGAGGAAGGUGGAGAUUUCCCUUUACACCAAAGCAGGAGUGUGUUUCCAGUGUGCGAUCGAUGUUGUUCCAGUCAAGAAUGAAGACGGUCUGGUCAUCAUGUUCAUUCUGAACUUCGAGCUUCCCACUGAUCCCAGAGUACCCAGCAGCUCUCCGGUUCAGGAACUCAGCAGAGUGCUGCAGAUCCCCUGGCUGACCUCAGCUCGACGUCGACGUCUCCGCCGCCUCCUGCGCUCCCUCAACCCCAGCGUGGGGGUCCUGUCACAGGACAGCGAGCUGGGCGCUCCCCACCCGGACCUCCUUCCUCUGGGACACGAGUCCGUGGCCCUGGACAAGCUGCUGUCCCUCCCUGAGAGGCAGCAGCUGGGAGAGGCUGCAGCCGAGCUCAUGCUGUGGGACAGCGAGGAGGACGAGGACGAGGACGAGGACGAGGAGCCGCCGCUCAGACCCCACGACUCCCGCCCUGCCAGGCGACGGAGCGAGGGUGAUGGGAAGAACAGAGAUAAAGGGGAAGGCUGUGGGGUGCCGGUGGACACCAGGGCAGCAGGUAGAGCCGCUGCCGCCCCGGCUUCUGCCCCCCCGACAGUGGCGCUGCCGCUGGCCUCCGCCCACGCUCCUCAGAGGUCCAGCAAUGCCAGGAGGCCAGAGGGAGGGAGAGGUCGAAGCGAAGGUGACGGGGACUCCAGGCGAGACGGUAACUGUGCAAACAUAAAACAUUCUUCAUCGAUGAACGACGUGAAGACGGAGCAGAACUGCCGGGAAAAGAAGAUGCUGCAGAGGCGCAGCUGUACGGUCGGCAUGGUAACCAUUAGAAAGAGCAGCGUUCCCGUCGGGACGUCGGACUCUGAUCUGCGCUGCCGGACAAACAGCCAGGUACACACACCACAAAUGACUCAGAGCUUACUGGACACCAAGACUGAGGCCUACGUGACUCUGCCCGAUGGGGAAAUCAGACCUUGCAAACUGAUGGACAGAACGCACCACGUCACAGAAAAAGUCACCCAGGUCCUCUCUCUGGGCGCUGAUGUGUUACCUGAGUACAAGCUCCAGACCCCGAGGAUCCAGAAGUGGACCAUCCUUCACUACAGUCCCUUCAAAGCGGUGUGGGACUGGGUCAUUCUGCUUUUAGUCAUUUACACCGCCAUAUUCACACCGUACUCUGCUACCUUUCUGCUGAGUGAGCAGGAGGAGGCAGCCAUGCAGAGCUGCGGUUACUCCUGCUCUCCGCUGAGCGUGGUGGAUUUCAUCGUGGACAUCAUGUUCAUUGUCGACAUUAUCAUCAACUUCAGGACCACAUACGUCAACUCCAAUGAUGAGGUGGUGAGUCAGUCGUCUCGCAUCGCCGUCCACUACUUCAAAGGCUGGUUUCUCAUCGACAUGGUGGCAGCCAUUCCCUUCGACCUUCUGAUCUCGCGCUCUGGAGAGGAAGUGGUUCGGGCCGGUGGCGAGGGAGAGACCACCACUCUGAUUGGUUUGCUGAAGACGGCUCGGCUGCUGCGGCUGGUGCGUGUGGCGAGGAAGCUGGACCGUUAUUCAGAGUACGGCGCCGCCGUCCUCUUCCUGCUCAUGUGCACGUUUGCCCUCAUCGCCCACUGGCUGGCCUGCAUCUGGUACGCCAUCGGUAACGUGGAGCGGGCCACGUCGGCCGGGAUCGGCUGGUUGGAUAACCUGGGAGACCAGCUGGGGCGGCCGUACAAUGACUCGGUGCUGGGUUCGGGUCCUUCCGUUCGGGAUAAAUACGUCACGGCUUUGUACUUCACCUUCAGCAGCCUCACCAGCGUGGGCUUCGGAAACGUCUCACCAAACACCAACUCGGAGAAGAUCUUCUCCAUCUGCAUCAUGCUGAUUGGAGCUCUCAUGUAUGCCAGUAUUUUUGGAAACGUGUCCGCCAUCAUCCAGAGGCUUUACUCCGGCACGGCCCGUUACCACGCUCAGAUGAUGAGGGUUCGAGAGUUCAUCCGCUUCCACCAGAUUCCCAAUCCUCUCCGGCAGCGGCUGGAGGAGUACUUCCAGCACGCCUGGUCCUACACCAACGGCAUCGACAUGAAUGCAGUGCUGAAAGGCUUUCCAGAGUGCCUGCAGGCAGACAUUUGUCUCCACCUCAACAGGACUCUGCUGCAGAACUGUAAAGCCUUCAAAGGAUCUACUAAGGGCUGUCUUCGGGCCCUGGCUAUGCGGUUCAAGACCACCCACGCCCCUCCAGGAGACACUCUGGUCCACGCCGGAGACCUGAUAUCGGCGCUCUACUUCAUCUCCAGAGGCUCCAUCGAGAUCCUCAGAGGAGACGUGGUGCUCGCUAUCCUGGGUAAGAACGACAUAUUUGGGGAACCCAUCAAUCUGUAUUCACUGCCUGGGAAGUCCAGCGCUGACGUCCGAGCUCUGACCUACUGCGACCUGCACAAGAUUCAAAGAGAAGAUGUGCUGGAGGUUCUGGAUAUGUAUCCUGAGUUUUGUGAACACUUCUGGUCCAACCUGGAAAUAACCUUCAACCUGAGAGAUGCCCACCCGGGAGAUCCAGAGGGAACCAGUCCCGUCCAGACCUGCAGCACCAGGGGCCGCUCCAGCUGCAAGGACGAGUCCCACAGAACAGGCGGAGACUCCGGCGUCUGUCCGCUCUGGAGCGCAGAGCCCCCCAGGACCCCCUCUCCACUCUGCCCUCCUCCUCCCCCCCGGACCUCCCACUGGCCCUCCAGCCCCACCACCCCCCCCUGCUCUCCUCCGCCUGUCGUCUCCUGGAGGCAGAAGGUGGAUUUAGGCGACCGACUGGAGGCCCUGCAGCAGCAGAUCAGCAGGCUGGAGUCUGGCAUGUCAGCGAACAUCGGGGCCAUCAUGCAGCUUCUUCAGAGUCACAUGUCCGUGGUCCCACCUUCCUACAGCACCAUGACGUUAACCCCCACCCUCCCCUCCUCUGCGUCCCCCGGGGACCGCUCGGCUCCGCCCUCCCCCUCGGACCGAUCAGCAGACUCCGACUUCCAGCAGCUCAGAGACGAUCAAGCCUUUUUUCCCCCCGAGUCAGACACCUCCGCCUCCCGACCCCGUCAGACCCGUCAGGACCCUUCCUUCCAUCUGUCGCCCCUCGUGGCCCCCCUCAGCACCCAGACCCCCCCGCUGCCCGUCAGCCUCCAGCCGUCCUCCGCUCCGGUCUGCUCACACAGCUCCGUCUCUGUUCUGCAGAGUGGACACAAGGCGCCAGAGGAGCAGGGCCUGUGA